CCGUAAAGCACAUGGUGCAACCUCUUACCUAACGAGACCAGCGUCACUUAGCUGCUCACCCUCUAAGGGGAACACUGACCUGGAAUUAAAGUGCAAACCACCAACCCAUAUACAGUGGCCUGAGACAUCCCAAGAAGCCCAGAGCCUCCACCUGGGGACCUUCCACAACCUCUGCAAGCGACUUACAGCAGCAUCAACAUUCACAAUGAAAGUUCUAAUCUCUUCUCUCCUUCUGUUGUUGCUACUAAUGCCGACGUCUGUGGUCUCUAGCAACACAAAUCCAGGGGUAGCCAGAGGCCAGAGGGACCAACGCCAGGCUUCUGGGAGGUGGCUCCAGGAAGGCGGCCAAGAAUGUGAAUGCAAAGAUUGGUUACUGAGAGCUCCUAAAAGAAGACUCAUGGCAGCGCCCAGGCUGCCAAAGAAGCAGUGUCCCUGUGAUCAUUUCAAGGGCAAUGUGAAGAAAACCAGGCACCGAAGGCACCACCGGAAGUCAAACAAGCACUUCAGAGCCUGCCAGGAAUUUAUCAAACGUUGUCAGCUAGCAAGCUUUGCUCUGCCUCUAUAGGAACUGCAAGAGCCCACUCUCCCAAUGAAACAUCCUGAGUCAAGAAGGCAAGCAGCAUACCUAGAGAAUGUUCUUCUCCCACCUCAAGCUCCUUCUCCUUGUCCCUACUUCCUAAAUCAUUCCUAAAUCAUUCUCAAAAAGCUAGUUUCCCAAGAUUAUUUUGAUUAUUGCUCCCUCUAGUGCUUUCCCUUGGUCAGCCUUGUCCCAUGCCCUCUCGUUCCCCAGGCUUAAUUUAAGUCUAAUUACCUGAAAGACACCGGGAAACCCUCACUUCCUAGUGGUUCCACCUGACCUUAAAUACAACCAGACAAGUAGGAAAAAGAAGUCAGUAACUAUUAUUAAAUAUAAUCAAAAUAAUUUCUUUCAAAUGGGGUCUGGCAACUCACAUUCAACCCAGAUGACCCACUUUACCCUGUUCAUUCCAAACUCAACCCAGAUUCCACAUUUACACAUACAUAUCUCUCUCUCUAUCUCUCUCUCUUAUUCUCUCCUGCCCAACUUUGUAUUCUUUUACUCUUUCAACAAACCUUUCUGAGGUAAGAGCCAAAUGGGGCAAAUAAAGCAGGUAUAGCAAUGAAUUAGACAUGGUCUUCUUAAAGAUAAUAUAUGUUUAAAAAAACUGGUCAUUUCCUAGCAUGUAGAAUACCUUUAGGAUUUAUGAUUGUUAUUAUCAUUAUCAAGGGUCAUUGUAUUCUGCGAGUUUACAAACUAGUACAGAAGACAUAGUAUAUGCAGAACCAUAGGUCCAGGGCUAAAGAAAUGAUAUGGAAGAUCUCAAAUGCCAUUGAAGAGGGCUUCGAGCUGUUAAAAAACAAAAAAAUGGAAGUGAGCCCUGGCUGGUGUGGCAAAGUGGAUUAAGCACCAGCUUGCGAACCAAAAGGUUGCUGGUUCAAUUCCCAGUCAGAGCACAUGCCUGAGUUGCGGCCAGGUUCCCAGUUGGGAACAUGUGAGAGGCAACUGAUCACUGUAUAUCUCACACAGUGAUGUUUCUUUCCCUCCCUUUCUCCACCCCUUCCCCUCUCUCUAAAAGUAAAUAAAUAAAAUCUUUUUAAAAAUGGAAGUUAAAUUAUAAAGCAAUAAUAUAAGGUAAUUAA